AUGGGUUUGAAAUUAAGUAUUGAUGCAGUUGAGGAAAUGUUGAUUCCUCCACCAGGAAUGCGUAUCACUCCAGUUCUUUUCACUGCCUUAUUCUGUGGAGCAUUCCUAGUAUUGAAAUUGAUCAUUCAGGACAUUAUUCUAUUUGUAAUGAAGAGAAGAAGCAAAUAUUUAGAGGUUGAGGAAGGGGAAGGAUCAUCAAACGAUGCAGCAUUACCAAUGAGUACAUUCGCACUCGUUCAGAAAAUGCAACAAGAUGACAAGAAUUCCAUUUUCACCUUUCUUAUUGUUUUGAUUCCAUACUUGAUCUACUCUCAAUCCAGUUACUUUAAUUACACCUACUCAUCUAUUGAUAAGCAAGUUUAUUGGAGUUAUACAUGCAUUGCCAAUAGCAUUUUUGGAUGUCUUUUCAUUUGCAUCUUUACAAUUUUAAGAGUCGUUCAUUCAAUUAUUCUCAAAGUUGCUCCAAAAUUGAAUAUUGGUUUUUGGCUUGCAAAUCAUGUCCUAUCCAUUCUCUUUAUUUUGUAUGCAAUCAGUCUUGCCUUUACCUAUCAUUACACAUUCAUGUAA